UGGACAGAACCUAUGAAAGAAAGCUUCCUGUCAGCUCUUUGACAAUAUCACGGUUUAUUGACAACAUUUCCUCACGAGAAGAGGUGGAUCAAGCUGAGUAUUACCUUUACAAAGAGCUGCAUUAUAUCUAUCAAAAGAAAGAGGAGCAUUUGAAAUGACAUAAGGCUAGAAGAUUGACAACAUUGGACAUAAGUGCUUGUUGUAUCAAAAAUUCAGCUUGUCAGUCAUUUGUAAGGAAAUUCACAUAAGUGACUGUCAAAUAUACUAAAUGGGUCACUAAUGGAUGGACCAGAUCUUGCCAGCAUAUGGAUUGAUUGCCCCUCAGUCACUGGUGGAAAGAGACCUUUUGAAGCUGUUUUCUAUGCAGCAGAAUAGUUUUGAGCAAAAUGUUAGCCUUUUCAAGAUUGUUGAAUGGUUUCGGCAUAGUCCAAACUGCUGGUACCUGAGAGACUGGACCAUCCACAGCUGGAUCAGACAGUGCUUCAAAUAUGGUGCACAGGACAAAGCCUUGUACACAUUAAAAAACAAGGUACAAUAUGGAAUUUUCCCAGAUAACUUUACCUUCAAUAUAUUGUUGGAUUAUUUUAUAAAGAAUGAAAAUUAUGAAGAUGCUGUGUCAGUAGUUACUGAGAUCAUGCUGCAGGAAAGCUUUGAUGAAUUCUCAACACAACUUCUCUCCCUCCAUAUCUUAUACCAAUACCUGGCAACCAAAUCAGAAUUUACAUGGGAAGAGGAAAGAAAUCUUGGAGCCUCUCUUUUGCUUACAGGCCUAAAACAGACAAACACUGUGGGUUUUAGCUCCCAGCUGUAUGGCUAUACAUUCCUUGGAAAAGUGGAGUUGCACAAAGGACUGCGAGCUGUGUACCAUCAAAUGCCACUGAUGUGGACACCGGGAUACCUGAACAGAGCUUUGCAAGUGAUGGACAAUGUGGCCUCGCUCCCAGGGGAUAUAAAGCUCUGCAAAGAAGCUAUUGAUGUUCUGGAGACGAUUUUGCAGUCUGUCCCUGAGGUAAAAACUGAUCCAGAACCAUCAGAAGAAGUCAAGGUAUCAGAACACAAGCCAAAGCAAAUGGAAUCUGAAGAAACUGAGCAAUCUAAACUGCCUGAGUACCUUACCCAAUUUAAAGAUCUGUAUUCUAAACUGCAUUCACUUGGCAAGGUUGAAUCUGAAAGCCUGUUGACCCUGACCACCCAACUUGUCCAGGAAAAGCUGCCAGCAUGUGAAGUGGAAGACACUGCAAAAUAUGAGCAGAAGCUAAAAGAAUGGGAGCAGGAGCAAGCACUUCUGAUGGAGAGAGAAAAAGAGAUGAGAGAGAAGGCAAAGCAGGAGCAAGCAGCUAGGGAAUUCGCUAAAGCAUCUGUUUAAUACUGCAAGUCAGAGACUGCUGUUAUGCUACAUAUUCAACAAACUUAAACACAUGUCAUUAUUAAUACUGCAAUGCAACCUUGCUGUAAAUGUAACAUUUGCUGUAUGCAAAUUAAACUAACUGAUCAUUUCCAUCCAU